AUGGUAUCUUGUCUUGUUUUUUGCAUUAUCAACAACGUUAUCUUUUCUCGUGAAAGCUCAAGAUCGAUGUUCCUUCUCGCGGGUCGGGACAAUGGAGGUGGGCUUCAUGUUGCAUCCAUUAGGAACCGGACCAACCCGCUAGGUGCAGUGGGCAGUAUCCUUCAAUUUUCACCAGUGGAACCGAAAGAAAAACCCGUUAAAUUAUCGACUGAUAUGAACGUAAAAUUUACGUCUAUGUUAAUUUCUGAUUCGUCCACGGUGUGGAGAUCAUUAAUUCCACAACGCUAUUUGGUGACUGUUGCCGGAGUUGAAGGAAAUCCUGGACGUGAAACGUUGGGCAAUUGGUUUAAGAUUGACAAGUACGAAGAUGCCUACAAACGUGUGUGUUCAUGUCCUGGAGUUUGCAAUAUUUACAGGCCAUUCUGUGGAGACAUUGGAAUACUUGGGGAAAAUGGGAAAAGGGUCUUGUUUGUUGGUAGAGAUCAACCUCUCAAAGGUACAUUUCACAAGCUCUAGCUAGAAGCCUAGAACUACUAAUAUUAUACUA